AGAGGAGUUGAGAAAAAAAAAGAAGAGAAAUGCUUUCUGGCUCUUUUCUCUCCCUGGGUCCUGGCAGCCGUGGCCACAGCAGCCACAGCAGCAGUGGGGAGGGCGCGCAGGGAGAGAGGCUCAUGGGGGCGCUGCGGGGGCCCCCGGUGCAGCUCGCAUGGGACCCCAGCCCCUCACGGAUGCAGUGCCCAACUUGAUGCCACCCUCCAGUGUCUCGGUUUCUCUCUAUCUCUAUCCAAAACCAAAACAAAACAAAACAGAAACGGUGGUGGUGAGGAAGGAAGUCCAGGUCCACCGUCAUCUGAAGCCACUUUGCAUAAAGGGCCCUGUUGCCCUCUGUUCCAGGCUUGCAAGGGGAUGGCAGCGGCCACAGCUCGGAGACAGGCCUGGCUCGGGUGGCUCCCCCUGCUGGUCCUCCUCCUGCAGCCGACAAGGGGCAGCGGCGGCUGCCCAGCUGUGUGCGACUGCUCUUCCCAGCCCCGGGCUGUGCUCUGUGCACGGCGGCGCCUGGACGCGGUCCCUGGGGGCCUCCCGCUGGACAUUGAGCUGCUGGACCUGAGCGGGAACCGCCUGUGGGGGCUGCAGCGGGGCAUGCUGUCCCGCCUGGGGCGGCUGCGGGAGCUAGACCUCAGCUUUAACCUGCUCUCCGCCCUGGAGCCCGGGGCCUUCCACGGCCUGCAGAGCCUGCUCACCCUGCGGCUGCAGGGCAACAGACUGCGCAUCCUGGGGCCCGGGGUCUUCUCGGGGCUGCCCGCGCUCACGCUGCUGGAUCUCCGCCUCAACCAGAUCGUCCUUUUCCUCGACGGCGCUUUCGGGGAACUGGGCAGUCUCCAGCAGCUGGAGGUGGGGGAUAACCACCUGGUGUUCGUGGCGGCCGAGGCCUUUGCGGGGCUGAUCAGGCUGAGCACCCUCACCCUAGAGCGUUGCAACCUCAGCUCAGUGCCAGGCAUGGCCCUGGCCCGGCUGCCCACCCUGGGGACGCUCCGCCUGCGGGAACUGGACAUCUGGAAGCUUCCAGCUGGGGCCCUCCGGGGCCUGGGACAGCUAAGGGAGCUGGAGAUUCACCACUGGCCAUCUCUGGAAGCCCUGGAACCUGGAAGUUUGCUGGGGCUCAACCUCAGCAGCCUGGCCAUCACCCGCUGCAACCUGAGCUCCGUGCCUUUCCAGGCACUGCACCACCUGACCUUCCUGCGCGUCCUGGACCUGUCGCAGAACCCCAUCUCUGCCAUCCCAGCUCGGGGCCUCAGCGCGCUGGUGCGGCUGCAGGAGCUCCGGCUGUCGGGGGCAUGUCUCACCUCCAUCGCAGCCCACGCCUUCCACGGCCUGAUGGCCUUCCACAUGCUGGACGUGGCGGACAACGCCCUGCAAACUCUGGAGGAAACAGCCUUCCCAGCCCCGGACAAGCUAGUCACCCUGCGGCUGUCCGGCAACCCCCUGACCUGUGACUGCCGCCUGCUUUGGCUGCUGCGCCUGCGCAGCCAUCUGGACUUCGGGGAGUCGCCCCCAGCCUGCGCGGGGCCCCAGCACGUGCAGGGGAAGAGCCUGCGCGACUUCUCCGACAUCCUGCCGCCUGGCCACUUCACCUGCCGCCCGGCGCUGAUCCGGAGCUCCGGCCCACGCUGGGUGGUGGCCGAGGAGGGUGGGCAGGCCGCCUUCUCCUGCUCCGGUGAGGGGGACCCGGCGCCCACCGUGUCCUGGAUGCGCCCGCAGGGCGCCCGGCUGGGUAAGGCCGGGAGGGUGAGGGUCCUAAAAGACGGGACCCUGAAGAUCCGCUCCGUGCAGCUGCGGGACCGCGGGGCCUACAUCUGCGUGGUCAGCAACGCAGCUGGCAACGACUCCCUGCGGACCUGGCUAGAGGUCCUGCAGGUGGAGCCACCCAACGGCUCGUUCUCUGACCCCAACAUCACCACGCCGGGCAUCCCGGGGCCCUUCUUCCUGGACGGCAGGGGGGUGGCCAUGGUGCUGGCCGUCGGCUUCCUCCCCUUCCUCACCUCUGUAACCCUCUGCUUCGGCCUCAUCGCCCUCUGGAGCAAAGGCAAAGGUCGGGUCAAACAUCACAUGACCUUUGACUUUGUGGCCCCUCGGCCCUCCGGGGAUAAGGACUCUGGGGGCAAUCGGGUCACUGCCAAACUCUUCUGACUAUGCACACAGUGAACCAGGCCUAGCUGGCUUCAGAUACCAAAAGGCGUGAGAGGCAAGGCCACCUAGACCAGAACCCGGGCCCUCCCAAGUCCCCGCAUGGUGCCAGCAGCUACUGAGGCCACCCGAUGCAAAUAUGCCCAUCAACCCGCUUUUGCAGAGUAAGGAUGGUCUCUUCCUGCGGGUCUCAGAAAGCUGAGGUUCUGUAUAGACACUGUUGCUGACCCAGUCCUCCCUGCCCUUCUUACCCCACAAAGUAGGAAAUAGAACCAAAGCGCCAGUCUGUGUGUUCAUGUGCACACUUUUGUUUUGUUUUUAACUCAUUUAUUAAUAAAGGAGAGAAUCAAAACAUCACUCUGGCACAUGCGAUAAUCGGUAUUAAACUCUGUACCUCACACUUGACAGUCCAAUGCACCAUCCACUGCUCCACUUCCUGUAAGAUCAUCUCAGAAAUGGGCCAGCCAGGGAAGUGCCACUUGCUCCUGAAUGUCUCUCUUCAUUCAGAUACCGCCCUCUCUUUUGCUCUGCCCAUAUCCAAGUGUGGGAACUAGGGCCAAGACCGAAGCUGAGGGGAAGAGGAUGGUGGGCAUAUGGGCUGGGGAGGACAGGCUACACUCUGGCACAGGUCUGCAUGAGCCAGCACCACAUGUCUCUGUCCAUCACACAAUUAAAUUUGCUGCUCAAAGGGCCUGCCUGUAGCAGCUACUGAGUUCA